GCGAGCACGUACUGGAAGCGCUAGUACAUGUAGGGCAAGGACUGCUAUAUUCUCUGCCAUGUCUCUCGCAAUGACUAGUUUCAACGGUGCAGUGAAUGCAGGUAUCGCGCUUACGUAACGUGAUCAUGACUCGAAAGGACUUGAAGGAGGAAGAAGAUCAAAAGGAUAGCCAACUUGAAGCAUCUUGAUUCCCGACGCUACUAGCUGUAUCAUACCCUUGAUCUCGAGCACUCGCUAUCUCCCUUUUCAAUCCCAUCGAUCCUCGUCUUCUCCAUCGCCAACGGUCCAGACCCUUAAUCAAAACUAGAAGAGAAAUCUAACUACCAUGACACUUGACGUGACUAGCUUCAUAGACAACAAAGGAGGGAAUGCCGAGGAAAUUCGUGAAUCGCAGCGGAGACGAGGAGACUCGGUAGAGCUGGUCGAUCAGGUCAUAGAUAUGUAUGCGGAGUGGGUGAAGAUGGAUUUUGAGGCGAAUCUCCUCAGCAAGCAGGUCAACGCAGUGCAAAAGGAGAUCGCAGUCAAGAAGAAGGCCAAACAACCAGCUGAUGACCUUGUUGCUACCAAGAAGGAGCUAGAUGCAAAGGUUGACGCGAAACGGAAAGAAACUCGCGAGUUCGAGGUUGAGAUGCGGAAAAAAGCUUCGACGGUAGGAAACCUCGUGGCGAAGGAUGUCCCUGUCAGCUUGACCGAAGAUGAUAAUGUAACGCUCCGCACCUGGCAUCCAGAUGGUCCUAACGGUCAAGUAGAAAAGAAGACGGACAUCAUGCCUCACCACGAAGUUUUGCUCAGAUUAGAUGCAAUGGACCUUGAUCGAGGUGCCAAGGUCGCAGGUCACCGCGGCUACUUCCUCACAAAUGAUGGCGUCGAUCUUAACCAAGCCCUUAUCACAUAUGCCCUUGACUUCCUCCGCAAAAAUGGAUACAAGAAAGUCCAACCGCCAUUUCUCGUCAACAAAGACGUCAUGGCAAAGACCGCGCAGCUUGACCAGUUCGACGAGGAACUGUACAAGGUUAUUGCCAACGACGACGAGAAAUAUCUCAUCGCGACCUCGGAACAGCCUAUAUCAGCGUUUCACCAAGACGAAUGGUUCGAAGACCCCAAAACUCAGCUUCCUAUAUACUACGCUGGAUAUUCUACAUGUUUCCGUAAAGAAGCUGGCUCGGCUGGACGUGACAUGUGGGGUAUCUUCCGUGUGCACCAGUUUGAGAAGGUUGAACAGUUCGUGAUCACCGCUCCAGAAGAGAGCUGGAAUGCAUUCGAUACCAUGUUGGGGAACAGUGAGGCGUUUUACCAGAGUUUGGGUCUCUCUUACCGCGUGGUGGCGAUCGUCAGUGGCGCACUGAACCUCGCAGCGUCGAAGAAAUGCGAUUUGGAGGCGUGGUUCCCAUUCCAAGGAGCAUACAAAGAGCUUGUUUCCUGCUCGAAUUGCACGGAUUAUCGUAAGUUGCAUUCUCAUCUGUAAACUUCUUGUUGAUAUGGACUCGGUGACAUUACAGAGAGCAGGCGGCUAGAAAUCCGGUGUGGUCUCAAGGCGAAGGACCAGCAACGGAAGGUCUACGUCCAUAUGCUCAACGGAACGAUGUGCGCUACGGAGCGCGCAUUAUGUUGUUUGGUCGAGAAUUACCAGACGCCAGAU